AUGCCGAACGGUACACUUGAAGUUAUUGUUGCUGCAGGUCGUCGUCUUAAAGACGAAGAUACAAUUGGUAAAAACGAUGCAUUCGUUGAAGUCUAUUUAGAUAAAAAGUAUAAACAACGUACAACAACUAUUUCAAAUACGAACGAUCCAGUUUGGAAUGAACGAUUUAGUUUUAAUAUUCAUGGUGAAGAUUCAAUUCAUUUCGAUGUUUAUGAUGCUGAUAUUGGUGAUACUGAUUCAAUUGGUAAAUGUAAAAUAAAACUAAAACAUGUUUUUGAUGAUGGUAAAUAUGAUGAAUGGGUUAAAUUACCAUCAAUGUUCGGUUUAUCAUCUCAUGGUGAAAUUCAUGUUAUUAUGAAUUUUCGACCAUCAUAA